AUGGGAGGUGGUAAGGACAAGUACGAUGAAGAAGACAAAGGAUUGUUCUCACAUUUGGCUCAUGGGUUAGGUCAAUCUGCUCAUGGGUAUCCUCCUGGGGCUUACCCUCCUCCUCCAGGGGCAUACCCUCCUCAACAAGGUUACCCAUCUGGUCAUGGCUACCCUCCACACGGUGGUUAUCCUCCAGCGGGUUAUCCCCCUUCUGGUUAUCCCCCAGCUGGGGGUUACCCUCCUGCUUCGGGUUACCCUCCUGCUGGUUACCCUCCACAUGGUUAUCCUGCGCCAUCUGCUCCAUCUGCACCACAUGGAUCUCAUGGGUCUGGGCACGGCGGUAUGGGGGCAAUGCUUGCCGGUGGUGCUGCGGCAGCAGCAGUAGCCUACGGGGCUCACCAUAUUUCCCAUGGUCACCAUGGUGGACAUGGUGGAUAUGGUGCAUAUGGUGGAUAUGGACACAUGCCCCAUGGGAAAUUCAAAAACCAUGGCAAGUUCAAGCAUGGAAAGUUCGGAAAGCAUGGGAAAUUUAAACACGGGAAGUUUGGCAAGGGUAUGUUCAAGAAGUGGAAAUGA